AUGGCAGAUGCAAACUACUACACCAAAUACCAACAGCAAAACCAACCAAAUCCAACCAAGUAUUAUAAUCAUUUCCUCUACAAAGCUCUCAUAGUCACUCUCUUUUUAAUUAUAAUCCCACUUUUUCCUUCACAAGCCCCCGAAUUCAUCAACCAAACUUUAAACACUAGAGGUUGGGAGUUUCUCCACCUUGUCUUUGUUGGUAUAGCUGUCUCUUAUGGCCUGUUUAGCAGGCGAAAUGAUGAAACAGAAAAGGAAAUUAACAACCACAGCAACCACUUGAAAUUUGAUAAUGCUCAAUCAUAUGUGUCUAGAUUCCUUCAGGUUUCAUCGGUUUUCGAUGAUGAGGUUGAUAGCCCACCUAAGUCUGAAGAGACCAUGGUCCAAACAUGGAGUAACCAAUAUUACAGGAAUGAUCCUGUAGUAGUUGUGGCUGAGCAGAACUCUGCUCUUGCUAAUGAACAGAGAGCUACUAGCUCAGGAAUUGGUGAAAAACCACUCUUGUUGCCUGUUAGGAGCUUAAAAUCGCGAGUCAUAGACGCAGAUGCUGGUGAAACUGGUAAAGAAUCUACUGGUGGAUCUGCUUCUAUUUGUAGGUCUAAUUCUAAUUCAGGUUCUAAAAGAUUUUCAAGCAAUUCAAGUAAAAAUAAGAGUGGAGAGUUUGGAGGCUCAGAUUAUCAUGAAUCGGAAGAAAAGCUGCAGGAGAAUGUUGUGCUUCCUUCACCAAUUCCAUGGAGAUCAAGAUCAGGGAGAAUGGAAAUGAAAGAAGAAGCAGAUAGCCCUCCUCUUUAUAAUCUCCCUCCUCCCUUGGAGGAAUCUGAAUACAACAGGUAUUUUAAGUCCCAGGUUCCUCGAUCAGCACGAUCCAGUUCUGCAACUUCUUCUCCGAAACUGUCCCCUCCACCUUCAUUUCCUUCACCGAAGAAGUUUUCUCCUUCACCAUCUUUCUCAACUGAAGUGCAAGGCAAAAGUGUGGAGGAUUUUGUGAGGAAGAAGAGCAUUUAUAGGUCUCCUCCUGCUCCUCCACCACCACCACCCCCGCCACCACCAAUGAAUCGAAAAUCAUCAUCAAUGAAACCAAUUUCUAGUGCUAAUCAUGAUGAGGCUGCUCUUGAAAGAGAACUGAAGCGAAGUUUCACAACCGAACUGGAAGGUUUUAGUAGGGGUGGCAUCUUAUCAAUGCCAAAGUCAGUUAAGACAAUUAGAAGCUACAAUUUUCUUGGUGAGGCGAGGAAGGAGAAAGAAUUCGAUGAUAGAAUCAACAGCAAAUCAGAGAAAAGAUUAAAGGAAGUUGAAGCCAGUGCAAUGGGGAGAAUAGGAAGAAAGACAGUGGGAUUUGAUCAAUCGUCAUUCAAGACUGAGAGGCAGAACCAUGAAAACGUGACUUUUACGCCUCAGCCAACUUUCAUGGAGUUUCAAGAGGAAGAGAACGAAGAAUUUGUCGAGAAAUUGGUCAUGGAAUCUGAUGAGGAAUCAGAAACUGAGGAGGAGGAGGAGGAUGACAUUGCAGGAAGUUCUUUUGCUUCAGGCAUGGCUGCAAGUCCAAAAAAGAAGCAGCGGCUGCUAGCAGUGCAAAUGACGGCGGACCUGAUGUUGACAAGAAGGCUGAUGAAUUCAUAG